GUGAUAUUCACAACGAAGGCGGUGAUGUUUCGGAGGCAAGUGAUACUGCUGUGAACUGAUUGACCAACCACUGCGGACGUGUGACAAGAAUUAAGUUCAUUUCAGACCUUUUUGAAUUCACCCAUGUCGCUGUUGAGCUGUACGGACUUGAACGUUUUGAAUGAAUCGGCCUCGUUAUCAUUCAGGACCACAUGUAUGUGAGAAAACCGAGCGGAGAGAGAGAAAAAAGAAACGACAGUUUCGGAGACUGUCUGAAUCCGGAGGACGAAGCUGCUAGCUAAUAGUAACUCACAGCUGUGGUGCCAGGAAGGAUAUACACACUCAAAGUGACAUCGCCAACAAAUAGGACACGGAGCAGAGGAUAAUCUGGUCGAGGAUAAGAUUGUCAAUCUGCUGGCGUCGAGAAGAAGAUAAGUUAGUUGGUUUGGUGCGAAGGUAACACCUGACUACGGCGACGUUGGCCAAUACUGUCGCCUCAAAACUGAAAGAGAAACACCACAGCCGCCGUCCAGUGUUUUGAGGAUGAACCACUUAUCCAUCAGCGAGCUAUGUUGCCUGUUCUGCUGUCCACCGUGCCCCAGCAAGAUUGCCUCAAAGCUGGCCUUCCUGCCUCCAGAGCCCACUUACAGCCUCAUGUCCGAUGACAGUGGCAGCAGAUGGACACUGCAUCUCUCUGACCGAGCCGACUGGCAGUACUCGUCCCGCGAGAAGGACGCCAUAGAGUGUUUCAUGACUCGCACCUCAAGAGGGAACCGCAUUGCCUGCAUGUUUGUCCGUUGCUCACCCAGCGCCCGAUACACUCUAUUAUUCUCCCAUGGAAACGCAGUAGACUUGGGUCAGAUGAGCAGCUUCUACAUCGGCUUGGGUUCACGGAUCAACUGCAACGUCUUCUCCUACGACUACUCAGGUUACGGGGCAAGUUCUGGAAAACCCUCGGAGAAGAACCUGUACGCUGAUGUUGAUGCUGCCUGGCAGGCGCUCCGGUCACGGUAUGGCAUCCGGCCAGAGAGCGUGAUCGUGUACGGCCAGAGCAUUGGCACCGUGCCCUCUGUGGACCUGGCCUCUCGCUAUGAGAGCGCUGCAGUCAUCCUCCACUCCCCACUCACCUCUGGCAUGCGAGUGGCCUUCCCUGACACCAAGAAGACCUACUGCUUUGACGCCUUCCCAAACAUCGACAAGAUUUCGAAGGUGACGUCACCAGUGCUGGUGAUCCACGGUACGGAGGAUGAGGUCAUCGAUUUCUCCCACGGCUUGGCGCUGUAUGAACGCUGUCAGCGCCCCGUGGAGCCGCUCUGGGUGGAAGGGGCAGGACACAAUGACGUGGAGCUCUAUGGACAAUACCUGGAGAGACUCAAACAGUUUGUUGCACACGAGCUGGUCAACUUGUAGAGGAGCUGGAAAAAAAGGGUGAGAGGGAGAGGGAAGAGGAGAAGAAAGCAGUGGUUUUCAGGAGAGGUUGGAUGGUGAAGGGAUACAACUUUUCCUGUUUUUUGUGAAGUGAUGCAGGUGGAAGUGGUGUUUGUCUGUGUAGUACUGAAGUUUUGUUGGCAGUCUUCUCUCAUCAUCGAGCACCUCUCCCCCCGCGGAGCUCCAGUCAGUACCAUCCACUCCACGUGCUGCAGCUGUGAACCUACAAGUACUCAUCAUUUUGUUUUGCUUUUAGAUUUUCUUUUUAUUAAGUUAAAAAUUGCACAUCGUGAAAGUGCGUGAAUGAAAAGAGGAAGUUGACAUGUGCAUAGACAAGAUACCAUGUGUGCAUGCAGUAUACAAGAGAGGGGAAGAGAGUGUGUGUGUGUGUGUGUGUGUGUGUGUGUUUGUGUGUGUGUGUGUGAGUGUGAGAGAGAGAGAGAGAGAGAGAGUCACAUUUUAAUGCCUUUUGAGAUGGUCCACUGUUCUUAAUGGAGAGAUUCUCGAGACUUUUGAGGUUUUGAGAAGCAGCCUUGCUACAGACUGCACUAGAAGUGGACCAGACUCUCUAAUCCAACUGAACUCCAUCCGACUGUGAGGUCAGGUUCAAUCUUACACUCUACAGUCACCAUUAAUUUUUUUUUUUUUUUGAGUACUGUUUAUUAUAUAUUUUUUUAUAUUAAACAUGAUAUUUGCACGUAUCAGCUGUCACUGAAGAACUGUACAAGACAAACUGACGUCAUAUAGCUGUGCCAGUGUUGCCAAAUGUUUAGUAUGAUAUAUAGCAGGGGUUAGACACACAAAGAAUUUUGUACAAAAACAAUCUAGAAACCUCUCCAAAGCUUUGUUUGCUGUAUUCAGUCUCUACUUCUUAGUUUAAUCUAAAAAUGGUACAAUUUAUUGUUACAAUCUACAGGAAUAUAAUGCAAGAUGGGGCUCAGUCAGUAGCUCAUUUAGCCAGUUAAAAGGCUGGGGCUGUUAAAUCACUGACCUAUAAAGCGUGGGUUAUUUCCUCACGCUCUGGCUUUUGAAAACAUCUUACAGUUCUGACUUAAAGGCAAACUCAGAAGCACUGUCGCUGUAAGAUCAAUACAUUGUAGUUAAUGAACUGGAUGUUUUCAGAAAAAUGAAAUGCUGGACAGUUUUGUGGACAAAAUAUCUGACCCGUCCUCUGGGGAAAAAAAAAGUGUUGGCCUUGAUAUAGUAAUUGUUAUGAAACCGAGUGUUGACAGUGUUUUUUCUGUCUUUGGGUCUGCAGAUAUCAAGAUGAGGUGCAGUCAGCGAUUCUAACACUAUACACUUUUUCUAAAAUUUAGUGAUAACUCCUCACGGUCUGCUAGCUGGAAAAAAAAUAAUCCGGCAUUCAUACACAGCCCUGGCUCUGUACGUGGAAAAGAAAGUAGCUUUGACCGAGCCAAUCAACAACAGGAGGUGUUCAUGCUCACGGAUUUAUCAAGAGAAAGGGCGUGGUCACACAUGAGCGUAUGCAUGCGAGUUACUAUUGACCGCUGAGACGAUAUUUGUGCUGCAUUUGAGCAGUGCCAGAUAUGAUGGACAUGGCAAGCUAGCUGGCUAGCCAGCUACUGUUAGCUAGCUUGCUAAUAAAUACUGAAAAAUAUGUUAUGGGUACAUUUUACAUUUUUUUUACGUUCCAUGCCUGUCCCCUGACUCACUGCCAGCCAGGCAGCAUCUCUCAUGUGAGCAGUAUGUAUUUUUCAUGGCCAUAUCAUGCAAUAUUGACUGGUUAAACAGACACCGUCUCCUCCACAUGUACCUCUUGCUUUUGGUUGAGUUUGCAAAUUUGCCGGUCAAAGUACACCAAAAUUGAACUCUACACAGAAAUGCGAAUUUGUGAAUCUGCUUUGCCACCUGAGGCAAAUGUUUUAUUUGCCCCUUUGCUCGCUCUGAGUAAACAUGAAUGGGAGGCGAGUGUUCGCCGGUGUUAAUGUCGCUCACGGGCAGGAGUAACGAGAGGGAUCCUUUUCAAGGAGCACUGGCGGCUGGGGUGUAUUCGUUUGGAUGUUAAGUUCAAAUAACAAUCUCCAGAAUCGCCGACUCCACCUUUUAAAUGUAUGUAGUUAUUACAGAUCUCGCUCAUGUACCUGAAUCAGAUCUUUCUAGAUGUGUCUUUUUAUAUGACAAUUUAACUACUGUGACAGCAGCUAACUGUCUGUGCUCUGAUCAAGACUUAUACCACUAAUGCCAUUCAGGACUGAAUGGUGAGCGUUAAUAACACAGCUAGUGUCUUCUUCCUUUUCAGUUCUGAAAUUUGUUAAAAAUGAAAAUGUGUUAAGUUAUUCAAAAAUUUACAUCAGUACAUUUGAGCUUAAACGUGAAAGGACAAUGGGUCAUAUCAGCAAAAGUGGCUCAGCAUUAAAGGCCUCCAUCAUGGACAGCAUGUUUUGUUUUUGUCUUAACUUUUAUCUUUUUGUCUGCAUGGUAUUUCCAGAUCCAUUGUUGUCUGCUGCUUUGCCCUUUAUUGCUGAGCAAGGCAAAGCAAAGCGUCAGCCAGCUGAUGACUCCAUUAAGGCACUGAUAAAUGUCAAAGUGCUCCUGCAUGCCAUCAGUGGCUCAUUUCUCUUAUGUUAUUGGCCUGUAUAACAAACUGCGAAUUACAUAAGAAAUCUCAAUGAAUAAUGUUCUUAUGGGUAUAUUUAAUACCUGUAUUAUGCUUGAGCCUGCGUUCUCAAAAGGGGUCAAAUACUGUUGUUAUGUGACAAUUAACCAAUAAGCCAAUAGGUGCUACUGUAAACUUUCAGGUCUGAUUACUUACAGGUUGAGAAGAAGCAAAGAUUAAUAACAUAAUGUUCAGAUUGACCAAGAUCUAGAUCAGGGUUGGUAACUGUUUUUCAGGUGACGGUCUGUUGUUAUGAAAACUUUUUUUUUUCCACAGCUCAUUUGUCUUAUGGACAAGGUUUCUUUCAUUUUCACUUUGUAAAUAAUGUUUGUACUGGACAUGUCUUUUUUUUAAUUUUUCUUUCACAAGCUUUUUGUCAUCAUCUCUCAACUAUAGUUCUUAUUACUUGUCCAAAUCUUGAUAUGACAACAAUUAGACCAAGGUAGGCCAUCAUUUUGGCUUUUCAGAGGACCUUUGUACUGGUCACUUCGACUAAUGUCAUCUCUGAUUUGAUUUGAUUAAUUUUGUAUAGCAUAUUUCAAUACAGAAGGAACUUAUAUGUAAUAACAAUAUUAAUAAAGUAAUUCUAACAUGGAUAGAGCAAAUAAAAUGGUAUUUGAGAAGCAACCCAAU